AUAAUACGAUUGAUGGACCGUGUAACCGGUACAUUACACAGCCAGAGAGUGAAAGUUACGUAUUUUCACCUCCACUUAAUAUAACAGUAAAUAGUAAUAAAGAAGGACUGGAUGGAGCAUACUUUACUAUGAACUUUACGGGCGAUAAGGAAGAUCCGCUACUUAAUGCAUUUGGUUUACUUGGUGGUGUAUGGACCACGGCUACAGGAUUUUACGCUAUUCUAUUAGGCAGCGAUUCUCUACAACCAUUGGGUUAUAUCCAGAUGUAUUGCUGCUGUUUUGCCCGACACACUCGUUUACAAUUUUACAAAUCAUUUUCGACUACUCCAUCAAAGUCUUCCGAAUCAUUAAUUACUUCAUUACCCCCGGACUUAAUAAUUUCAUCAAGUAAUUCAUCAUUGCAGGUUACGACAUUGCAAAAACGCUUGGAUACAUUGGAGUUAUUUCUUAAGGAGUACGUAGUCGACAAAACGUAUUUGGAAGACGUUGAAAAAGACGAGAUUAAGCCCUGGGAAAAGACUUUGAUGGGUAGAAUUUCUUUAAUUAAAGCAUUUUUCACAAAAAACUUGUCUUAA